AAUUAAGUUUGAAAAGGUAUAUUUACAUAGCGUAAAUUAGUCAUUCUGUACUUGGCUACAUACCUCAUUAUGCGGUGUAGAAGUUGUAAAGACAAAAUGGACUCUGCAACAUAAUUUACAAUGUGAUUAAGACGAUGAGCACCACACCAAAAGUAUCAACAAGUUCUUCUUCCAGUGGAAAAACAAGAGUGUAUAAAAUUGUUAUUCUUGGAGAAGGAGGGGUUGGUAAAAGUGCAUUGGUAAUACAGUUUGUUAGUCAUAGAUUUACAGACUACCAUGACCCAACAAUAGAAGAUGCAUAUCAGCAGCAAGCUCGUAUUGAUGGAGAACCAGCCCAGCUUGAUAUUCUGGACACGGCAGGACAGCUGGAGUUCACCACAAUGCGAGAGCAGUACAUGAGGCAUGGAGAGGGGUUUGUUGUCUGUUAUUCAAUAACAGACAGACGUAGCUUUGAUGAGGUGCUAAAUCAUAAAAACCUGAUAGAUCGUGUCAGGUGCAAGGAAAAUAUUCCAAUCAUCAUUACUGGCAAUAAGUGUGACCUCGAACAGAAACGAAAGGUGAGCACAGAGGAAGGUGCUAGGUUAGCGGAACAGCUAGGUGCUCCUUUCUUCGAGACAUCAGCAGUUUUACGCCAGUGCGUAGAUGACACAUUUCACGGUAUUGUACGAGAAAUAAGGAGAAAAGAGCAUGAGGAGCUUUUGUCACUAGAAAAACUCGCCAAAAAAAGACUCCGAAAGAAAAGAAUGCAUGCAUUCUUCAGCCGCUUUAAUUUUUUCCGGCGAAGGUCAAACACUUCAUAACAAACUGGAAUAAGUUUCUCUGUCACAAUAUGAAUGAUUGGGUUAUCACCUUGUUGUGAAACUGUUGUAACUGUAUAAACAAAGUACUAGAGUACAAUAAUAUAGUGUGGAGGCAUCAGUACGUAAAAUUAUCUUUGAUACACUGGUAGCAGCAGGCCCCAGGUUAUACUAGAAUGUAUUAUUUAGGAUUGCAAUGAAACAGGUGGUCCUUAGAGCAAUGAAAUGAAAGUAAACAUAAGGUAAAAGUCUUUCAGGUCUUUUGAUGCUAGCUUGCUUUGUUGCAUUUCAAAGCUCAUACAGAAAACUGUUUAAGUUCUGUAACAUGUUAUGUUUUCUUACACAUAUCAAUUCAUAGCCAUGUUCUCUUCAGAAUUUAAUAACAUGUUACGGCUUUAAAGUUAGUGAUAGCUGUAUGUUUUCGCAAGUUUAUCAACAAGUUGGUUUGGAAAGCUAUUUAUAAAGUGGCUUAUUCAUCAAAUGUACCAAUAUAUUUUAUAGAGGCACACUUAGACCUUCAUAUUUCUUAAGUGUGCUAUGUAGAUUGUCAAGACCCACUGUCAUUAAAAUUCUUACUUUGACUUUCAAAUGCUUGAAUUUUCUAUUGAAUCUUAACACAAAAUGAUAAUUAAAUGUUAUAUAUAUCAAUAUAUUUUGCAAAAUGGCAAAAAUAUCAAAAACAAAUAACUGGCAAAUUGUGUAUUUUGCUCUUUUAAUUAUGUCAGAUUUUUAGACCAAUAUUAUUGAUGUAUGCAUGCCCAAAUUCCCAGUAUAACAUAUGAUACAUAAGCAUAUUUUUUAGUUAAAAAAGCAUCUUUCAAUAUUGUUGGAAUCAAAUAUUUAUACAGAAUGUUUUAUUUUCAUGUUUAUUUACAGAGCAAUAUGUAGAGAUUUCUUAAAUUGGUUGUUAUAUCCAGAGUGUAUACAAGUGUUUUUCCUGGUGCAACUUUUUCUUUAAUGUAUUUCUUGAGAAAUGGCCUCCAGUAUUGGUUCUCUUGAUUUACAUAAAGAAAUGAAAAAGUUUUUUUUAGAUUGAUUUACAGGUUGUUUAAGUAUUCAUGGACAGGUUGUUAGUUUAAAUACCCACUGAUGUUCUCCAUUUAAUUUUUUGUUAAGUUAAAAUUACACUGUUGGAAGUAGAUCCAACUUAUGGAAUUACAGAAAUCCUCAAAAUCAACAAACAGUACUGUUUAAACCAAAGUUCAUAAUUAUGGAGUUGAUAAUGUUUGAUGAACAUUUGCUUUAGAAAAGUGCUCCUUUUUCAGUACUAGAAAUCUGUUCUUGUAAAAUUAAUUUGAUAUUUAUAUAUUAUUUUGUACAUAAACUUCUUAGACAAAAUGUAUUUUUAUGUGAUAUUAAAGACCAGUAUGAAUUUUAGUCACUUAACAGCUCAGCUAAGCCUGAAGUUUAGGCAGAGCUUUCAGUAUUGCCAGGUUCUCUGGUAAUCAACGUAUGUCAAAUACUCAUUUUUGUCGAGCCCGCUUGCGAAAGCGAAGACAUUGUUGUCCAAAUGGCUCUUCGUUUUAUGUGCAUGCACAUGUCCAUCCGGAUUUGUUUGUCCGGACCAUAACUUUGACAUGCAUGGAGCAAUCUUGUUUAUAUUGGGCAAGAAUGUUAACAUCAGUGAGACGGAGUGUUCCUAUCUCAAAGGUCAAGGUCACAGUUGGAGGUCAAAGGUCAUGUCAGAUCUUGUCCGGCCCCAUGUGGUUCUGGGACGAUCUGUGUAUGAAAAGAAUUGGAACCACUGCCUUACCCUUGCAUGAUCGUAAGAAGCGACUAAUAGGGUCUUUACACUUAGUUUUGCAGAAACUCUUGUGAUUCCAGCAGGUAUGCAAAUUUUGAUUCCAUACCUCAUGUUUUUAUUUCGAUGUAAAUGAGAUGUGGAACCCAAAUUUGUAGUCCUGUUUGGCGCCAUAUAACCUAUACUGUGUUGGUGCGCCAUAAAACCCAAAUAAAUAAGAUCUUGUCCGGCCCAUAACUUUAACAUGCAUAGAGGAAUCUUGUUAUUAUAUUUGGCAUGAAUAUUUAACUCAGUGAGAGUCAUGUGCAAACCCCAGGUUCUUAUCUCAAAGGUCAAGUCCACAGUUAUGGGUCAAAGGACGGGCUCGAAAUGUUGCCCAUGGGCAUCUAGUUUAUACAACUUACCUGCCACUGCUUGGUGGAUUUUUACUGAACUUGGACAGUAUCUUAACCUUUACCCUGUUAAAUUUCUAAAAUGGACUGGUCUAUCAUUCAACUUGGGCAGUAUCAUUUAUUAUUUGAAGGGAUGUUCACUAAAAAUGUACAGACAGAAUAGCAAUCAGUGCAAACCCUGAUCAGCCUGCAUGGACAUGCAGGCUGAUCUUGGUCUUCAAUGGUCUCAAAGGCAAAAUCGCUUGCCACCAGCAGGCUAAAGGUUAAUUAUGUUAUGUCUUGAGUUAGUAUAGGAAUCACUGGAGCUGUCUUAGCUUUCUUGAUAUUUUUACUAUAGGUUUUGUUUCUUCUGUUUGAAAUGGGCCAGUUUAUAAUAUAAUUUACUUAUUUAUUUUACUGUUGUGUAAUAAUAAAUAUAUAUGUAUUGAAAAUUGGUGAAUUGAAAUCGAUUGAAAAGGACAUUUACACCCUUUUUAUGUUAAAAUGCUUAGAUAUUACCUUUCGUUAAACAAACAUUAAUAAAACUGGUAGUAAUGUCUCACAAUGAAAGGGUGUAGGAAAGAUUUGGCCAUUCUGGCCUUGUGUCGCCCUCCUGUGAUCGAUUUAAUUUGUACUGGAUAUGGGAGAUGGGGCUCUCUUGUGUACUUUGUCGAGAUAAUUUCCCAUAAAAGUAAGUCUCUAUGAGAAGCUGUUAAGUCAAUUUUCAUAAAUAGAAAUUUGAUUGAGACAUCAAAGGUUGCAAAUGGCCGCCAAUGCUUUAAAAAAAUAUUUUGCAUUUCAUUUUUAGCUCACCUGUCACAUAGUGACAAGGUGAGCUUUUGUGAUCACCCGUCGUCAGUCCGUCCGUCCGUGCCUCCGUCAACAAUUUCUUGUCUGCACAAUAGUGGUUUCAUUUAUGAUUUUAUUUUAACCAAACUUGCACACAACUUGUAUCACCAUAAGAUCUCGGUUCCUUUCUUGAACUGGCCAGAUCCCAUUAUGGGUUCCAGAGUUAUGGCCCCUGAAAUGGCAAAAUUAGCUAUUUUGACCUUGUCUGCACAAUAGCAGCUUUAUUUAUGAUUUGAUUUUUACCAAACUGGCACACAACUUGUAUCACCAUAAGAUCUUGGUUCCUUUCUUGAACUGGCCAGAUUCCAUUAUGGGUUCCAGAGUUAUGGCCCUUGAAAGGGCCAGAAUUAGCUAUUUUGACCUUGUCUGCACAAUAGCAGCUUCAUUUAUGAUUUGAUUUUAACCAAACUUGCACACAACUUGUAUCACAAUAAGAUCUUGGUUCCUAACUUGAACUGGCGAGAUUCCUUUAUGGGUUCCGGAGUUAUGGCCCCUGAAAGGACCAAAAUUAGCUAUUUUGACCUUGUCUGCACAAUAGCAGCUUCAUUUAUGAUUUGAAUUUAAUCAAACUUACACAAAACUUGUGUCACCACAAGAUCUUGAUUUCUUAAUGGAACCGGCCAGAUUCCGUAAUGGGUUCCAGAGUUAUGGUCCCUGAAAGGGCCAAAAUUAGCUAUUUUGACCUUGUCUGCACAAUAGCAGCUUCAUUUAUGACUCGAUUUUAACCAAACUUGCACACAACUUGUAUCACCACAAGAUCUUGGUUCCGUUCUUGAACUGGCUAGAUUUCAUCAUGGGUUCCAGAGUUAUGGCCCCUUAAAGGUCCAAAAUUGGCUAUUUUGGCUUUUGCAGCCAUAUAGAGACUUCAUUUAUGGUUUUAUUUGAUACAAACUUCCAAAAUAAUUUCAACAACAAUAAUUCUUGGAUUACAUGACAAAUCAGAUCCAAGCGUAGGUUUAGAGUUAUUUUAUAUCUGAUUACCUCCCCUGAUUGUAAUCAAAAUGGAUUUAUACCAGUAAGUACUUAUAGGACUUAUUUGAAAUUUCAUUAUUGUCAUUAGUUGGACUGAGCCAAUCAGGGUAGAUAACUAUGGACUGAUUUUAUGUCAAAUUACCUCCCUUUAUUUCAAAUUAAAAUGGGUAUAUCUCCGUAACUAAUGAAGAUACUGAUCUGAAAUUUCAUUUAUGUCAACAGAUUUAUUUGGCAGAUCCUUCUUUUAUUCACUUACAAUAAUUUUUUUUUUAAUUACUUUCCUUUUAAGUUACUAUAAAUAGCUUAUAUUUAGUAACUUUUUUAUUAUUGGCCUGAGGGAAAAACCGAGACCACUUUUCUGUGGUACAACAUGGAUGGCACCUCCAAUUUUUAGGUGUAUUUUGACAUAUCUGUACCUUGUAAGAAUUUUUUUUUCUUUUUGGUUAAAUUUCUUCCCUUUGUUGUUACUGUCCUUUGGACUUAAGAUAUUUUUUCUGAGGACCUUCUUGUCCUCAAGUGCAAUGAUAACAGGUGAGCGAUAUAGGGCCAUCAUGGCCCUCUUGUCUGUUUAAGUUGCUAGUAAUCAAUUACAAGUUACAAUUAAUAGUAAAUAUUCCAAGAACAUACCUAGCUAUGCCAGUACCCAGCCAUGAUAUAAAUUUAAUUGUUGGACUUGACUAAUCAUUGAAUUUCGAUAAGUCUGUUAAUAUAAUGUACAGCAUUAAUGCAGUUAAUAGAACAUACUUGUUUUAAGUUUCAACUGAUUUUUACUACAUAAACAAAUCAGUAUCAGUUAAAACGAAAAGACUUUCAAGGCAGCCUUCCAUAUGCUUUCUCACUUACUGUUGAUGUGAUGUGUUGAUUUCUACAGUUUAUUAAUGCUUCAACAUUGCACACAAAUUGAUUCUACCAGCAUAAUAUGUUCAUUGCCACUCUUUCGUAUAGGGAAACCCGUAGAACUAGUAUAAUACUAUCACUGUUUUCAGUAAUUAAAACAUAUCACACUUGUCAAAAAGUAUUAAAAGCUCCAUUCAAAAAGAAAAAGGAUAUUAAAUUUAUAACUGAUCAAAUAAAACAUAGGUAUCAAUUAACACUCCCUAAGUUGAAUAUAUUCAAUAUUGUCUGCAUAAAAUUUGGCAUUUGUCUUUCAAAGUUUGAACCGUAAAUCAGCGGCCUUAUUUAUUGCAACUGGCUGAAAUACCAUGGUCACGGCUCAAGCUGCUAUGCCACUGCAAUAUACACUGGCGUCUGCAAUAACAUGUUCACUUUACUUUUUACAGUAGAUGUAUAUGGAACAAUACCAUUUAUAAGGUUGUAGAUAAACAGUUAUAUUAUAUAUGAAUCAUUUUUGUGUGCUUUAAAUGGUUGUCAAUAUUUUGAUGUAUUAUUUAUUAAAUGUGCAUUAUUUAUUUUCAGAAUGAAGUUAUUUUCAUUUUAUAAGUAGAAUUAUUUUAGUACUUUUUUAGAUAGUUCCUUGAUGAAAUUUGCAUGCUAUGUUAAAAUAUUUUAAUUUCAAGUCCAAUACUGAAAAGGACCAUGUUGAAGAAGAUUUUUUUUUCAAUUAUGAGAUUUUGUGUUAUGGUACUGAAUGUUGUUUGAUGUUUCCACUAUAAAAAACAGUAAAUAAAUACACAAUACAUUCCAGCUAAGAUAUACAUAGCAUAUUUAUCAAAACUGAGAUCAUGAAUUUGAGAAACUUGGGUAAAUUCUUCCUGAUGGUCCUUUUUUAUGUGUGGGCUCACAAGUUUUGUGCACCAAAAAACCUCUGGGGUUGAUCUGUAACUACUCCAUGUCUUGGUAAAGUUUUAGAUUUCAAAAUAAACUUUGUGCUUUUCAUUACUGUACAGAACACAAGUACAUGUAUAUAUAAUUGAACUGUCUUUUAGUAUUUCAUUCAUCUUUGAUUAACCUUUACCUAGAGAUGGUACCGAAAAUUUCAGAUUGCAUCUGAUACUAUUUUCUGUUGAAAACUAAACACCGGAGUACCUCAAUUAUAUAAUGGUUUAACUUUCAUACUUCAUUAUUAAUGCUGAAAGGCAAUAUUUAAUCUGAAAAAUUUGGUCCUACUUGGAAAAGUGAAGCCAGUGACAGAUAACUCUUCUAGGACUAUUUAGUUAUGUGAACAAAGUACGCAUAGAUUCGGAUGUGUUUCCCAAAAAUAUAGUUUACUUCAAGAUCUAUGAAUAAUCUUUUAAACGAAAAAGUUGAGCAUUAUCUUUCAUUUUCGAACAAAAUAACUCAAAGACAAUUAUUUUAUUCAGUACUGCCGAUAAUUUACAGGUACUGUAUGAUCAUAGGAAAGACAUUAUUCGUGAGAAAAAAUAUAAAUAAAAAAUAUAAAGACUAUAAGAAUUUUACGACAUCGAAUCCUUCAACAUUUUAUAAAAUUUGUUUGCCAAGAAUAAUCAAGGCCUCAAAAUGUAUGAGUUAAAACAGAGCGAUAUAAAAAUGUAUAAUUUAUCUGAUGGUCACACCAAAACCAUACCAAAAAAUUGUACCAAAAGAAGUUAUUUGACUUAUUAUGACACGCACCUUGUUUACAAAUGUACCUAAUUUUCAUACUGACCGAGGCGUGCGGAAUUGCAUUUACCUUGCGGAAUCUGCCGUUACAGAAACUUCUGUUAAUAUAAUGUAGACGUUCUUUAGUAUAAAUAAAAUGGUUGCGUUAGUUAAAAAGAAAUGACAGUCACCUUUCUUUAGCUAACCCAUCAAAAUAACGAAGCCAGUUUCGCUGUCAAAAGUUCCCGUAUUUACUGUACGGUGCUAUGUUAAAAUAUUAUUAGCAUGAGAUAAGCGAUAUGCGCUUCAGUUUUGCACCUGAUUUGUUGUUGUCGUUGAAUAAGUAGCCUUAGGUACCAUCUCUACUUUACCCUGCUAAAUUUCUAAAAUGGACUGGUUCAUGAUUCAGUUUGGGCAGUACCACUUAUUAUUCAAAGGGAUGUUCAUUGAAACUUUACGGACUGAAUAGCAAACAGUGCAGACCAUGAUCAACCGGCUGAUCUUGAUCUGCACUGGUCGCAAAGGCAAAACAACUUGCCGCCAGCAGGCUAAAGGUUAAAUCAUCUUGAAGAAAACUAAUGAAGAAAUAACCAAAAUACAAUAGAUCAGUAGCAUAAUUUAGUGGGAUUGUUGCCAUAGCAAAAUUCAGAUGAGCUUUCUUCUGUUCACUUUUGUAACCUGAAAGUUCACUGGAAAAUUUUCAGGUAAAUUCUGUAUAUUUCAAUAGAAGCUUUUUUUGCAGUUCUUAUAAUUUUCUAGUCUUUUUUUUUUUACUUUUUGAUAAUGUAUUGAUUUGUUAAGACAUAAUUAUUUAUAUGUUUAGUGUACUGUUAUUGUUACUUAGAUAGAAUAAAGCUCUUAUAAAAAUU